AUGCCCGUUGUCCCUUCUGGCUCGUGCCCUCCCGCGGCGUACCUCGCGGCGCCGCGCCCGGCCGGUGGCCUUGCCCAACGGCUACGCCUCCUUGGUCAGCGGCGCUUAUAAAGCCGCCGCGGCAGCUUCGCUUUCCUCCAUUUCCUCCUCCACCCCAGCAGAGCUCGAGAGACCGAAGGGAGUGGGAGAUCAUGGCGAGGAGCACGCGCUCGCUGGCGUUCUUUGUGCUCGUUGCCGUGGCCGUCCGAACCAUUUCCGCCGUCACCGAUGGGCUGUUGCCCAACGGGGACUUCGCGCAGGGGCCGGACAAGUCGGAGAUGAACGGCACGGUGGUGACCGCGCGCCACGCCAUACCGUGCUGGGAGAUUUCCGGGUUCGUGGAGUACAUCGAGCCCGGGCACAAGGAGGAGGACAUGAUCCUGGCGCUGCCGGCGGGCGCGUCGGCCGUGCGGCUGGGCAACGACGCCACCAUCCGGCAGCAGCUCAACGUCACGCGCCACAUGUUCUAUUCCGUCUCCUUCAUGGCCGCGCGGUCGUGCGCUCAGGCCGAGAAGCUUAACGUGUCGGUCGACCCGGAGUUCGGCGUGCUCCCGAUCCAGACCGUGUACACCAGCACCGGCUGGGACACCUACUCCUGGGCCUUCAAGGCCAGGCACGGCACCGGAUGGCUGAGCAUCCACAACACCGGCGUCGAGGAGGACCCGGCGUGCGGCCCCCUCGUCAUCGCCGUCGCCAUCAAGACCCUCUACGCUCCCCACCACACCAAGGGUAACAUGCUGAGGAACGGGGACUUCGAGCAGGGGCCGUACAUCUUCCCCGGCACCCUGUGGGGCGUGCUGCUGCCGCCGAUCACGGAGGACGUGCACUCGCCGCUGUCGGGCUGGAUGGUCAUGUCGGACACCAAGGUGGUCAAGUACGUGGACGCGCCGCACCACGCGGUGCCGCGGGGCGCGCGCGCCGUGGAGCUGGUGGCCGGCCGGGAGAGCGCGCUGGUGCAGGAGGUGCGCACCGUGCCGGGGCGGACGUACAGGCUGUCCUUCGCCGUGGGGGACGCCGCCAACGGCUGCAGCGGGUCCCUGGUGGUGGAGGCGUACGCGGGGCGGGGGACCCUGAGGGUGCCGUACGAGUCCCUCGGCACGGGCGGGUCCACGCCGGCGGCGCUCGAGUUCACGGCGGUCGGCAACGAGACGCGCGUGGUGUUCCAGAGCUCCAACCACCUCAUGAAGUCCGAUGCCACCCUGUGCGGGCCCGUCGUUGACGACGUGUUGCUCGUCCCGGUGCGCGCGCACGCUGCCCGCCGGUUUCGUUUGUAGCGUAUAUCUAUCUUUUUAGGCUGGUCAUACUGGGGAGUAACUUAGACUAGUAACAUACAUAUGUUACUAGUCUAUGUUACUACCUUUAUAGU